ACCAUUUUACCCGCGACACGUUUGCAAUUCCAGCCAUGGAUCAUCGCAGCAGCACUUUCUUCGCGCUCGCGAUGAUCUCACUCGUCAGCGCCACCGCGCAGCAUUUCUCCUCCUCUUGCGGCACGAGAUGCGACUCUAGGCGCGAUUGUUCUGGCGGCCUCGUUUGCAAUCCUGUUAGCAAGACCUGCGAUGGCGAUCCAGGAGCUAGCACCCUUUCCUGCCCAAUUCCCGGCUGCGAGCCCGCCCAGAGCUUCAUCUACUCGAAUGCCACCGCCCACGAUCCCGAGUACUGCGUCGACAACAACACCUACCAGUUCUUCAAUUGCUCGCCUAAAGAGCAGUCUCUCAACUUCGCGGCUCUCUACUACACCGAGCUGGAGGGAAUCCCCACGGCAUGCAAUCGGUCCACGCCUUACAAGAACUCGGAGCUCCUGGCAAACAUGGCCACCGGAUGGUUUGCCAGUGGAUCCUCGUGCUUCAAAGAGAUUGUGAUCACGGCAGAGAAUGGGAUGAGCGUCACGGCGACGGUGGUGGACAUUUGUGCAUCAACGAUCGGGUGUAGCCCAUUGACUGGAUACUACGAGCCGUGCACGCCCAGAUCGCUGGGAGGGACGAGAGGUGUGUGGGAAGCGCUGGGGCAGACGUAUUUUGAUAAUGUGUUGCAAGUCACUUGGAAGUGGAAGGGCGAGGAUUCGAAAAAACGCACUCUUUUCAUUGCACUGGUUUCUAGUGGAGCGCUCGUUGCCUUGGCGCUCUUAGGCAUUUUGUGGUGGAAGGUCGUGAGACGGUCCAAUGCCGCCAAGAACAAGCUCCAUCUGGGGGAUCUCACGGAUGCCCCGCGGCAAAUCAGGUACCAAGAGUUGUAUCGAGCGACCAAGGGAUUCCAGAGCAAGGUGGGAGAGGGAGGGUUUGGGACUGUGUUCAAGGGGACGCUGCCCAGCGGAGAGAUUGUGGCGGUCAAGAGGAUUGGCGGUGGAUCGCGGCAGGGGGACAAGCAAUUUAAAGCGGAGGUGAUGUCGAUUGGCAGCAUCCAUCACCUCAAUCUCGUCAAGCUGGUUGGAUUUUGCCUGCAUUCUCGCCACAACUUACUCAUCUACGAGUUCCUCGCCAAUGGCUCGCUGGAUAGAUGGAUUUUUGCCAAGGACAAGUAUCUGCCCUGGGCAACCAGGCUUUCCAUCGCGCUCGACGUCGCUCGAGGGCUUGCGUAUCUCCACGAUGGAUGCCGCGAGAAGGUACUCCAUCUAGACAUCAAGCCCCAGAACAUCCUCCUGGAUGAGAAGAUGAAUGCCAAAAUCGCCGACUUUGGAUUCUCCAAGCUCAUUGACAAGGACAAAACUCAUGUCGUGACAGUCAUGCGGGGUACGGUGGGAUACAUGGCUCCCGAGUGGCUCCACUCUCGUGUGACGGACAAGACGGACGUCUAUAGCUUUGGGAUCGUCCUCCUGGAGCUCGUCUGCUGCAUGAAGGCCGUGGAGUAUCCCUCGGACUCACAGAUGGACGUUGGGUUCCUCGCCCAGACUGCUUUCAACAAGCUCGACAGUGGAAACGCCAUGGACUUGGUGGACGAUCGGCUGGUCAAAGCCGAGGACGGUGGUGGUUUAUCCUUGAGUGGCUUCGAGAACAUCAUCCGGAUCGGGCUAUGGUGUGCACAGGAGGAUCCUUUGCAGCGACCAACGAUGUCUGUGGUGGUGAAGAUGCUCGAGGGUGCCAUGGAUGUGUUGGCGUUCCCUCAGCUGGAGAGACCCGCUGCACAGGAUUCAUCGCUCCUGGUGAGCAGCAGCGAGAGCUCGGGAUUGCAAAUCUCCAUCUCGGUCUCGGACUUGGCUCGCUAAGUAGCUUAUUAACUUAUUAAGCAGGUCAAUCGAACGGCAAUUUACAUAUAUUUUUAGAAUCCUCGAUGAGAAACCAAAAGGUCUUGAGGUGGACGAUAUUCAUUCAGUAGUUUAUAAGCAGUUUCGAUGAUCUGUUUUGCUGAACUCCUCCAGAUCGCCACACGGCUGCCAAACCUCACAGGAAGAAUUGUAAUUGUCUAAAAAUCACCAACCUGCUGCUUCUCUUU